CAGCACGACUAUAAAUUGGCUGCAAAGAUAAAUUAUAGUUAUGUUGUAUUUGUUGGAGAACUGAGUCAAGAUGAAGCUGUUACUGUUGUUCGCAAUUGUUGCUUUGGGUUACUCCCAACACAUCACAUACUCUGAGGAGGACGAGUACCAAUGGGAGCUCUUCAAGAUCGCAUAUGAGCGAGUGUACAGAGAUGAGAAAGAGGAGCAGACUAGAAAGGAAAUCUUCAUGAAGAACCUCAACUUCUUCCGUGAACAUAACAAGAAGUACGAGCGAGGAGAAGUUACCUUCACCGUAGGAGUCAACCAGUUCGCUGACAUGACCAACGACGAGUUCAGCAAGACGAUGAACAAAUCCAGGCUGCCCAAGGACUACAAGAAAAGUGGAGAUAAGUUUGAGUUCGAUGAGGAUCUGAAACUUCCCCAGAAUGUUGACUGGAGGAAGCAGGGAGCCGUAACCCCUGUCAAGGACCAAGGCCUUUGUGGAGCUUGCUGGGCCUUCAGUGCGAUCGGAAGUUUGGAAGGACUGACCUACCUGAAGACCAAGAAGCUGGUGUCUUUGAGUGAACAGAAUCUGGUUGACUGCAGCUGGCUUCAAGGUAAUACAGGAUGUGAAGGAGGUAAUACGGAUGCCGCAUUCAGAUACAUCAAGGAAAACCAGGGAAUCGACACCGAGGCUUCCUACCCCUACACGGGAAAGAUAAAGCAAGAUUGCAGAUACAAUGCUAAGAACAAGGGUGCUAGUUGCUCUGGCCACGUGGAUGUGUGUGGAAAGGAGAAGGCUUUAAAGCAGGCAGUGGCUAAGAUUGGACCCAUUUCUGUCAGCGUUGACGCCCGUUUCCCAGCCUUCCAACAUUACACGGGUGGACUGCUCCAUGAUCCUAAUUGCACCACCUAUCAUAUGUCCCACGAUGUGUUGGCUGUUGGGUACGGAACUGACAAACAGGGAAGAGACUACUGGUUGGUAAAGAACUCCUGGGGGACCAAAUGGGGAUUGAAUGGAUACUUGAUUAUGCCCAGGAACUACAAGCACCACAUGGGCAUGUGUGGUAUUGCCACCCACGCCAUCUACCCUAAAGUCUAGACCCUCAAUUCAAGAUAACCAAUGGCCAGUCACCCAACAGUCUAGACCAUCACUUUAUCAUGGCUACCUUAACAUCUUUACUUUGUUAAUAAUAAGUUAAGUAUAACUUAUUAGUAAAGUGUAAUUUCUAA